AUGACCUUCCGGAUGGACCGUGCCUCUGCUGGAUUGAACCGAGCUCAAUUCAUGAGUGUCUUGUUAACGAGUCUUGGAACUCUUGAAUGGAAAGACUAUGAAGGAACAGAAGAAGAGAAGCAAGUGGCAACAUUCAUCUUAAGAAACGGAAGCUGUUUGAAGAAGGUAACCAUCUCCUCCAUAGCUACCGAUCCCAACAGAAAACUUGAGAUGCUCAAGGAAUUGUCAUCGUCACCCAGACGCUCACCUACAUGUCAGCUCAUAUUUGACUAG